AUGGAUUCAUUUGCCAUCACAGAGAGUUUGGUCCCUCAGGAGCCACAGGGGGACCAAACACAAUCACCCGUGUCUCCCAAAUUAACAGAAGAGGCCAACAAAUUCCAACGCGCCAUUGCGGCUUGGAGAGGUAUUGACUUGGCUAGUACCAUCGCGAAACUCGACGCAACUGCCACCGAUAUCGUCGAACAGCAACGCGAUGCCCUUGUGCAACGGAAAGACCUCGCACAGAAAACAAAAGACUACAAGAAGCUAGAUGAUGAAGCCAAGCUAUCUGAAUACAAGGCACUGCUCAAGGCAUACCAGUCCUUUAUCGACCUUCUAACCAAUCAGGGGAAAACGUCAUCGUCGUCGUUUUUACAACUGUACUCCUCAUUAUCGGAGGCACCGGACCCAUACCCUCUCCUCGAAGCUUCUGUGGACUCUCUUGUUCUGUCUGAAGAUACCGUCCCGAAACUGACCUCGGAGCGGGAUCAAUUGCAGAAGUCUGUUGAUCGCCUCACCAGGCAGCAAGAAGAAACCGAGAAACGCCUUUCAGAGGAGCGAGCUGCGCGAAAGAAGUUGGAAGCAAAUCAAGAAUCCAAAGCCAAGGAGAUUGAAGCAUCAUGGGAGGCAGUCUUGGCGGAGAAAGCGAACAACUGGGCCGCAAAGGAGAAGAGCUUAGAAGAGAAGGUGGAGAACCAGGACCGCCUCAUCAAGGAGCUCAAGGCAAGCUAUGAAGUUUCGCAGCGAUUGGGCGAAGGCGAAGAUCGAAAUGACGAGGGCGAAGGCGCGCGCAGUGGUGCCACUGCGGCUGAACUUGAACUCGUCUCUGCUGAUUUGGAAAAGACAAGCCUGAGACUCGCAGAUGUGGAAGCGCGCAACGAGCAGAUGCGACUCGAGCUGGCUCAAGCCGCUUCACAAUCCGCGGGCCCAAUGUCUGUUGAGGAUGACCCUGAUUACCUCCGCCUUCAAUCCGAAAACUCCUCUUUGCUGCGGAAGCUUGAUGCUGCCCGGUUUGAUAAGGAUUCAGCAAGUCACACCUGGGAAGCAAAGCUGCUUCAGUCCGAGCGAGCUGCAUCCAAGGCAUCUUUGGAGAGAGAAGAGCUGCGCGUGCGGCUAGCAAAGAUGGCCGACUACGAUGAGAUUCGCCGAGAGCUGGAGAUGAUCAGGUCAGUCGAAUUUGCAGGGGAUGACGAUGAGGCAGAGGAAGGGGUUGCCGAUAGCACUGCUACUGAGAAUGGUGAUACGUCCAAAGCUAAGGACAAGAAUUCCUUGGAGCAACUUCUUAUGGGACGAAACAAGAAGUUAACAGAAGAUCUCACGCUUCUACGAGUAUCACAUCGGGACAUACAAGGUCAGCUCGAGACUCUACGAAAUGAGCUCUCAACGUCAAAGGACGAACUCGAAAAGUCUCGGAGUCUGUCAAGUACCCUCGAAAAUGAUCUCCUUCGUGUACAGGAAGAGGCCUCCAAUGCCUUCCCAUCCUCGGCAAUGUCUGUCGCCGGGACUUACUCUUCCAGAUACCCACACUCCGCCCGACGAGGCGCAUCAUCCCCUACCUCCUCCAUCAUCUCUGGCUUUGACCAGAGCGCUGUAUCAGCAAAUACCAUGGAGUCGAUCCGGGCUGGAGAGCCAGUAGGCGGCGGUUCCGGUCUUCUGCCCAUGAUUCAGGCUCAACGAGAUCGCUUCAAAAAGAAGAACGCAGAGCUUGAGGAGGAUUUAUCAAAGCUAUAUGCUACCGUCAAGUCUCUCCGCCAGGAGGUUGCAUCUCUCCAAAAGGACAACCUGAACCUCUACGAGAAGACCCGGUACGUUUCAACGUACAGUCGUGGCCAGGGUGCCUCAACGUCUGCAUCAUCAUAUGCAAACACUCCUACCUCAAACUCCAUCUACACCUCGGCAGAUACACCGUCCGGUCUAUCCCUCAACCGAUAUCAAUCGGCCUACGAAGCUCAGAUUUCACCAUUUGCCGCGUUCCGGGGCCGAGAAUCAACAAGGGCUUACAAGCGCAUGAGUCUACCCGAGCGCAUCGUCUUUUCCCUCACCCGCGUCAUUCUUGCCAAUCGAACGAGUCGCAAUCUCUUCGCUACAUACUGUUUUGCGCUUCAUAUCCUGUUAUUCGUCGUGCUGUACAUGAUGAGCACGACACAGAUCGAGCAACAUAGUGCAAUGAGCGCUGUUGGUAGCGCUGCCGCAGCCUAUGGCGGUUCCAGCAGUGGGAGUGGGAGUGCCCAAGGUGGUCCGCUGAAAAGCGAUGACUGGCAGCAAGAAGGGUUUAGCUCAUGA